AUGUAUGUGGCUGAUGCACUCUCAAGAUCUUAUUUGCCAUUAGAUAAUUAUAAAGAAAGUGAAUUUGAGCAAGUUAACAUGCUUGAUUAUUUGCCAGUAAGAAAAGAGUGUCUUGAUGAAAUUAAAUAUGAAACAGACCAGGAUGAGACUUUGCAAAUUUUAAAAUCCUUAAUCUUAAAAGGUUGGCCAGAAGGAAAUGAUGAGAUACCUAAUGUAGUCAGAGCCUAUAGUCAUACUAAGGAUGAGUACUCAGUUCAAGACGGGUUAAUUUUUAAGAGUAAUAGAAUAGUCAUUCCAUUAAACCUCAGACAUAAGAUAAUGCAGGUCAUUCAUUCAGCACAUAUAGGAAUUGAGGGCUGUCUACGGAGAGCCAGAGAAUGUAUCUAUUGGCCAGGAAUGAACUCUGACAUAAAGCAAUUCAUCUUAUCAUGUGAAAUUUGUAAUAAAUUCCCUUGUGCUCAACAAAAGGAAACUUUAAUUAAUCAUGAAAUUGCUGAUCGGCCAUGGCAAAAGGUUGGAGUUGAUCUAAUGAGUAUUGAAAAGCAUAAUUAUCUUAUAACUGUUGAUUACUUCAGCAAUUUUUGGGAAAUUGACUACCUAGAAAACACAUUAGCCAGUACAGUGAUUAGAAAACUUAAAUCUCAUUUUGCUAGGUAUGGAUUGCCCUGUGUAUUGAUUAGUGAUAAUGGACCCCAAUUUGUAAAUGAAAAUUUCAAACAGUUUGCAACUGAUUAUGAUUUCGAGCAUAGGACAAGUAGCCCUACACAUGCCCAAUCUAAUGGUAUGGUCGAAUCUGCAGUGAAAACAACUAAACGUUUAAUUAGAAAAGCUGUUGAAAGUAAUAAAGAUCCCUAUCUAGCCAUUUUGGACCAUAGGAAUACUCCUACUACUGGUAAAGACGCCAGCCCAUUACAGUAUAACCUAGGUAGGAGAACACGUACCAAAUUACCAAUGUUAUCCAAGUUACUUGAAAAUCAAAAUGUAAAUUUAGAGUUGGCUAAGGUAAAGAAGAAAAUAAAAAAUGCUAAGAGUAAAUUCUAUUAUGAUAAAAAUGCUAAAGAUUUAAGUAUUUUGCAUGAAGGAGAUAAUGUAUGUCUUAAACCUUAUGUUUUGGGCAAAAAGGCCUGGGAAAAAGGAAAAGUUGUGGAACGAUUAGAUGAAAAGUCUUAUCUAAUUGAAAGUGAAGGCAAGCUAUUUAGAAGGAAUAGAGUUCAGUUGAAAGAAACCCCAAGUGAUGUGCAUAUGCCCAAGGUAAAUGAACCAGUAACUAUUGACCUUAUUGGUAAUGAAAUUGAAACUCCUGUCAAAGUGGAAAAUAAAGUUGAAAGUGAAAGACAGACAAGGUCAACCAGAAAUAAAUUACCUUCUAAGUAUUCUGAUUAUGAAAUGUAUUGA